UUUUUCAUGGGGGAUUUGAUAAUCUCACACUGACCCGGGUUAAAAUGCGGGAUAGUAAACAUGUAGCAGGUCGGAUGUUCGCUGGAACCCAGACGGAUCCACGGAUAUAAGAGGUUAUGGAUUCGAACCUUCCUUGUCUCCUCCUAUUUGUGUUGGUCGGCUGGGUCGAAUCCUCCUCUGAUAAUGUCACCCGGCACUUUGAUUACUGCGUCCUGGGGGCCGGGCCUUCAGGACUGCAGAUGGGACACUUCCUGUCCAAAGCUAAAAGAGACUACAUCAUCCUGGAGAGGAACGCAGGGCCGGGCAGCUUCUUCCACAAGUAUCCCAGGCACAGGAAGCUCAUAAGCAUUAACAAGAUCCACACAGGAAGGCAGAACCAGGAGUUCAACCUGCGCCACGACUGGAACUCGCUGCUGAGCGACAGACGCGACCUCCUGUUCAAGCGGGUGAGCAGCGAGUUCUACCCUCCAGCCGACGCCUACCCGCUGUACCUGUCCCUGUUUGAGAAGGAGCUCGGGCUGAGGGUGCGUUACGGCGUGGACAUCGGAAGAAUCAGGGCCACGCAGUCGGCCACCGGCAGGAGCUACGUCCUCACUGAUCAACAUGCAUCUGACUACAAAUGCAGUGUCCUCCUGGUGGCCACAGGCCUGUGGGUUCCUCAGCAGGUGGAGUUCGUCGGCUCUGAGCUGGUUGAGGGAUAUGAGUCCAUCUCCACCAACCCUGACGACUACAGGGACCAGGCCGUGCUCAUUCUGGGGAAGGGGAACUCUGCUUUUGAAACGGCCCAGAGCAUCAUGGGACGGGCGAGCCGGGUGCACAUGCUGAGUUCCAGCCCCGUUCGACUGGCGUGGCAGACGCAUUAUGUCGGAGACCUCAGAGCUGUGAACAAUGAGCUGCUGGACACGUACCAGCUGAAGUCUCUUGAUGGUUUGGUGGAGGCUCAGCUGGAGAAAAUGGUUAUCGUUCAGCGAAAGGAGGAGGGCAGGAGGAGAUCAGGAGGAAAUAAGACAGAGAAGAAGAAGAAGAAGAGACACUUGUACCUGACUCUCAACAAGUACAUACAGAACCAGGAGAAGAGGAACCGCUCUGAUGCGACUGCAGAGGAGCUGCCAGCGUAUCACAUAGACAACUUCUCCAUGAGAAAAUCCUACGACCGUGUGAUUCGAUGCCUUGGGUUUCGAUUCAACUUCAGCGUAUUUGACAGCUCCGCCUGCCCACCAAACAGUGAGAAUGCAAAAGGGAGGUUGCCGGGGGUGACGGCCUGGUAUGAAGGGAAGAAGACCCCCGGCUUGUUUGUGCUGGGAACUGCUGCUCACUCCAGAGACCACCGCCAGUCUGCCGGCGGCUUCAUCCACGGGUUCCGUUACACAGCACGAGCUGUUCAUCGCGUACUUGAACACCGCUACCAUGGCAACCCCUGGUCAUCCACAAAGCUGUUGACCACGCAGCUGCAGUCCUGGAUCCUGAAGCGGGCCGGCGAGGCCUCUGGGACGUACCAAAUGUUUGAGGUGCUCGGGGAUGUUAUACUUCUUCGAGGCUCUCACUGUCAAUACGUGGAGGAGUUUCCAGUCCAGGCGCUGCCUCAGUUCUCAGCUCUCUCGGGUCAUGAGGUGUCCGGCCAGGGACUGAUCGUCCUCGUCAUGCAGUACGGGAAGAAGAAGAUCGAUUUCCUGGGGCGCAACAGGGCGGAAACCGACUGGACCAAAGCCUGGAAAUCCAACUUCCUGCACCCUGUUUUAUACUAUUACGACAAACUUCCUACUGAGGAAGAAAUUAAGCUGCGUCCCAGUGGCUGGCCGCUGCCCAGGCCUAAGGCUCUUCAUCACAUGGUUGAAGACUUCCUCACAGAAUGGGACAGUCCCAUAUCUCACAUCCAGCCUCUGCGGCGCUUCCUGGAGCACUGUGUCCAGACCGACCUCAGGGCCUUCUAUGCAGAAUCGUGUUUCCGUUGGACCCUCACCCACCGCAAGCCGCCGCUGUUCUGUCAGCAGGGAUACUUGAAGCAGCAGGGUGUGGUUCACGACAGUCGGCUGUGGCAGCACGCACACGACGCUGGACUGAUGCCCACCGAGCAGGACGCCGGCACAUCGGGCGCCGACCCAGCGUUCCCCAGCUACCUGGCACAUACUGGAGCCGCUGUGUCUUCAGGACUGAAACUUGACCUCUGAUUGUUUUACUGAAGCGUGUUAAAGCCUAUGAUGCUGUAUGUGCCCCUCAGACUUUCUACCUCCAGCACCAAUAAUCAUUUACUCCACAACACCAAAUAUUUUUUACCGAAUAUUGGUUCCCAGCCUUCCCUGCUUGCAACCCCCUCAUCACCCAGUUGCAGAUUUAUACCACUUUUCUAUUUGAACCAAAGAGUGAUUUUUCCUUGCUUUAUUUUGAUAUUUUAAUGGACCUGAAUGAGUCAAAUUAUCCUGUUAUUUACUAUCUAGAAAGAAAAAAGUUAAAAUAAGAGGAUCAUCUGAUAUUAAUAAGUAGAAUGUGUUUCUCCUUCAGGUUAAAUCCCUCAGACAUAUCACAUGGCCUCCAACCCGCAGGUUGGAAACCACUGCUCCUCAGCAAGAGGUGGCUUGUCCCUUAGCAUUCCUCAAAUAUACAUAUAUAUCUAUUAUAUGUGCCAUUAUCACUUGAUGUACAUGUGGGUGAUAUGAAACUAUAUAGUGGAGGGUGGGUGUUACACAACGAUUAUGCAUUUUACAGUUUAAGUGACAUUACCUGAAUAAAUACACAUUAAAGAGGGAAAACAAA